AUGAAAAAAUGGCUGCGACCUGUCCUUCGCCGAAUGUGAAAUAGUUAUAUCAGUAAUCUUGGAAUUUAUUAUUCUAAAUAGAAGCGAUUUUCUCAACAAUUUGACAUCAGCUUCUCAAAAUGAGUUAUUAAUACCAAAUCAUUACCUCUUAGAGAGUGACAUUCUGUUCCUGGUUAUGAAAAUCUUCAGUCGUAGUGUAAAGACAACACGCUGUGAAAAUGCUUUCUUUGGGACUGGUAUUGCGACAUUCUUGUGCUUGGAACAGAGCGACCUACCAUUCUAGGAUUCAUCUCCGUGGCCUGGCUGUUCUUACAGGACCACAAACAGCAGUGUCCAUGGUUGAUUUUAAUUCAAGCAAACAGCGAACAUGCAUCAAACGAAGGGUUGUGGCUCGUCAUACCUGCUUAGGAAUAGAUUUAAAUCAAUUAUCGCAACACAGGCUGCUGAACACAAACUCAAACAAUAGUGUCGGCCUAGAAACUGAACAGCUUGGAGAAAAUACAGUGUCUUCUGCAGCAGGGUCUUUGCCAAACACAACGGGCAUUGACCCAAGUAUACAAGUGGAUGCUGGAUUUAAUGCCUUCUUCAGUUUGGUAGAAUUUAUGUCCAAGUAUCUUCAUUUUAUAUAUGACUUCACUGGAUUCAACUGGUGUGCUGUCAUAGCACUGGGAAUUUUACCUAUUCGAUUCAUAAAUACAUACUGUACACAGUAUCUAAUUCUUCGGUAUAAUGCCAGAUUAUCAGUAGUAAACAAGAAGAUUCAUGCAGGGAGCAAUGUGGACUCUGUAAAGAAGUAUUUCAAGACGAAGGAAUUUAAGAGCAGAUAUCCAGAUGCAACACAGCUCUUCAAGGAGAGAUAUUUGAUUAAUGAGUUGGAGAGACAGAAAAAAGUGCUGAAGCGGCAGAACAAGUGUGAGAUACCUCGGCUUUUAUUGUACUCGAUGUUGCCCAUGCCUGUCUGGAUCGGCUUCUCCCUAGCCAUCGGCAGCAUGCUUGGCAUUAGGCGCGUUGUAAAUGUGGCAGGUAUAACGCCAAUCGAGGGCUUGGAAGUCAAUGGCAUUCUGUGGUUCCAAAACCUUGCUUUACUGGACCCCUACCACAUUCUUCCUGUUGUCAUGGCAAUAUCAUUUCUGCUCCCUCUCUUUAUUUCAGGACUGCUCACUCCAAAACUGAGGGCCUCAAACUAUGCACAUUUAGUCCAAAGACUACCGUUCAUGAUUAUACAAUCUUUCAUAACAACAUGGAGUAUGUUUAUGAUGUUUGUUUGUUGGAAUCUAAGUUCAGGCAUCGUGUACUACUGGGCGAUGUCGGGCUUUGGUGCCGUGACCUUCAGGCUCAUCUGUUACCACCCUUUCAUUAUGAACACAAUGGUGCCAAAGGGCAAGUGGAAUGCCUGGGUGGAAGACCAAAUUAUCAUUGACAAACCAUACACUACCAUAUGGACAAACUUCAAAAAUAGAUUCAGGUUUUGAGAAUGUGACUGUUUAGUGUAAAAUAAUUUAAAAAAAAUGAAAGAGCUACAGGACAUGAAAGAGCUUCAGGAUAUGACAAAAUGAAAGUUCUUGUUUGCUGGAAAAAGAAUGGUAAUAUAACACAAAGUGUUGCCUUUUGAGUAACACAGUGUCGGACAGCAGUGUUAUGUUCAAUGUUAUAUAUUGUAAAAUGUUUGUCAUGUUAUUUGAUUACAAUGUAUGUUAGGAUGUGCAUGAGGUAUUUGUGACAAUGAAAAAGGUUUUAACAAUGUAUUUAUUCACAGUUUUGCUACCUGAUUAUUUUUAAUACUGCCAACUUGUCAGUUUGACUAAGAAAAAAAUACUGCAGCGCUUUAUUACAAUUUGUUUAGGUUAUGAUUAUAAAAGCUAAUGCUCUUAUAUUUGCUGUCAAAUCAUGAAUACAAAUACAAAAAUG